AUGCUGCGGCGUCGGCUGCUUGCCGACAAUUUUUCAAAGGAAGCGUCAGAAAGCGAACCACUCGAUUUGACAGUUCCUAAAAGCGGGAUCGCGCACCAUAUAUCAGAGAGUAUGCUCUGUGAGACAAAGAUGGAAAACGACAGUAGCAGCCAACUGUUGAUGAAACUUGUACAACAGCAACUACUGCUCUCGAUGUUUUCGCGACCAGAACUGAAAAUUACCAGGGAGCUCGAGGGCGCAUGUGAGAAGCGAAUGUCAGAGCCAGUUGAACAAAGAGAGAAACCCGUUGGAAAUAGGCGAAGGUCUGAGGCAAAUGCCCGAGAAAGAAAUCGCGUCCAGCACCUCGGUGAUAUGUUUGAUCGGUUGAAGUCCGUUCUACCAAUUGAGCUAGAUGUGAAGAUCUCCAAACUCGCAACCCUAAGGAUCGCAUCUGCGUACAUACGUUACCUCGGUUGUGUGCUGGAUGCCGAGAACGUCUGCCGUCUUAUGGAAAGCGAACAGUCAUUGAUGUUGAGUAUCUGUGAAGCACGAAGCUGUCCAAAGAAAUUGUAA